CCACGUUCCGCCCCCCCCUCCCCCCGCCCCACCGAGUUAGUGAGUGGCCGGAGGCGCGAGGUUUGAUCCGGCCGAAUGUCCGCCUCCUGCCCCGCGGCCCCGGCCUCCCCGCCCUGGAAGCUGUUGUCCGGGCAGUUGCAGCAGGCGGGCUGCCGGAGCAGGGAGCAGGCCCCGGCCCGGUGGUUGUUGAGGCGGGAGGCGAGCGGCCGGCCCCCGCUGGAGCUGGGCCUGGUCUGGAUGCAGGGCACGGUGCAGGAGGUCCGGCCCGAGGACGGCGUCAGCCUCCGGCUGCUCGACCCGAGCGGCAGCUUCACCGUCACCGGAGCGAGCCGUGUCCCCAAGGGGAAGCCGUGCAUCGCGGCAGGAAAGUAUGUGAUGGUGAUGGGAGUGGUCCAGUCAUGUAGUCCUGAGCCUAUCAUACGGGCUGUGAAGUUAACUGAUCUCUCUGGUAAUGCUCUGCACAAGAGCAUGUGGCAGCUUGAAGUGGAGGAUCUUCAACAAAACAUCCCAUAGCACCUCACUGACUUUGCAUGGACUUGAAGUGCAAAAGAAUGUGAUUGGGAACAGAAUAAAGAAAUUGCAAUCUUCAAAAACACUCUGAAACACACAACUGACUGGUGGCUUUAUGAGCAAAUAUUUAAAAACUGAUGCUUUCUGGCCCACAUAUUUAUAGUUUAUCAUACUGUGCAGAAUUUGUAUCUGCUAAAUAUUUGGAACCAGAUGAUAAACGAUGGGACAUAUUAACAAGGAUGUUGGUGACCAUAGGGAAAUAACAACUGAGGGUGUGUCGCAGUGAAGUAAAUGGUAUAAGUUGGUAACCGUCUAGACCAAACGCAUUUUCUCAAUGACUUGGAUUCUUGGAACUGGAUCGUAACCUCAACUGUUUUUUAUAGUUUCUGUUUUUAGUUAUAAAGUCAUUGUCGGGGCUUUAUUUUGCCAACCGGAAGAGGAAGCAAAACUUUUGUUUACUCUACUUCCCACAUGUUGGUUUAUCCAGGGGGAUAAUCUGAACUAGGAUGCUUGAUUUAUUGUGUCCAAUGUACAAGUUUAAAUAAAAUAUUAGUAUUGUACUAUGA